UCUCAGAGUUUGGACUUUGCAGCCGGACGUGUUGGAUCCUGAUCAUGGACCUGGUCCCCCCCCUGCUCUGACCCCCCCACCCAGCUGGCCCCGCGGAGCUCCAGCAUGCUGCAUCCGGGAAACGAGUCCUCUCGCUGGUCUGAGGUCCAGGAGAGCAACCAGACCUCCGGGGAGCCCGGAGCGGAGGUGGUGAUCGUGCCGGUGGUGUUCGGGCUGAUCUUCGUGAUCGGAGUGCUCGGUAACUCCCUGGUGAUGCUGGUGAUCGGCAGAGUGAAACCCAGCGGCGGUGCGCGCGCGCUCAGUCCCACCAACAUCUUCAUCGUCAACCUGAGCGUGGCGGAUCUGCUCUUCCUCCUCUUCUGCGUCCCGCUCCACGCAACCAUCUACUCCUUACCAGAGUGGGUAUUCGGAGCCUUCCUCUGCAAGUUCGGUCACUUCUUCACCACGGUCAGCAUGCUGGUCAGCAUCCUGACGCUCGUGGCCAUGUCCGUGGACCGUUACAUCGCCGUGGUGCGCUCCAAGAGCUCCGCGUGCGUCCGGAGCCGCAGGAAAGCGCUGGUGGGGCUGUGCGUCAUUUGGAGCAUGUCGCUGCUGUGCUCGGUGCCGGUGGCUCAGAGCUAUGUGCUCACCAGCCACCCCAGCGCCCCCAACAAAACAUUCUGCUGGGAGAUCGGCUCCGGGGCGUCGCGGCGCCCCUACAAGGUGUCCAUCCUGAUGCUGGGCUUCGUGCUGCCGCUGCUGCUCAUCUGCUGCUGCUACAUCAGGGUUCUAUGGCACCUCCACAAAAAGAUGAAGAACAUGUCCAAGAGGUCUGAGCUCUCCAAGAGAAAGACAGCUCAGACCAUCAUCCUAGUCGUCACCGGCUUCACCAUCUGCUGGAUGCCGCACCACAUCAUCGCCAUGUGGGCGGAGUUUGGCACCUUCCCGCUCAACAACACCACCUUUGCUCUCCGUAUCGUCUCCCACUGCCUUUCCUACGGUAACUCCUGCAUUAACCCCAUCCUCUACGCCUUCCUGUCAGAGAAUUUCCGCAAAGCCUGCCGCCAGGUCUUUGCCCGCCACCUGCUGUACAAACCACCAACUAACGGGAAGGUGGUCAGAUUCCGCAUGGACAACUUCUCCACCACACACUCCAGCACCAAUAUCUGAAGCAGUUUGGUGAGAACAAGACAAUUCCUUCAGGAAAAAAAGGAAGCUAAGGACGCUCUGCAGGUCACAUGAUGACAGGGGCUGCAGGUGAUUGGCUGCUGUGGUCAGCCUUUACCUAAGCUGAAGGAAACCCAUUCUGAACAGGACAAUGCAUGGAUCAUUGUUUAUUUUAAUCUUUAAUAUUUAUCUGCUACCAGAAGGCAAAUACAUCUAGAGUUUGUGAAGAGGUUCAAAUUUCCAGGGGUCCUUCACCCACAGUUGCUUCUUAAAUAUAUGAUAGUGAAUCUGCAAAAACCUUCCCUAUCUUUAGUUUCCAGCAUUUAUAGUCUAACGUACGAAUCAGGUCAUGUUUGGUGUAGACAUGCUCUGAAACCACAACAGCAGAAAACCAAGAUAGCCUAGGUUAUUCUAUAAUUAAUAGUUCUUAAAGUCAUAGGGAAGUGGCUGUUCCAUAACCUGACUCCAGCUGGACUUGCUCCGCAUAUCCAUCUGGAAACCUUCCUUUGAAGUAUUUUUGGGAAGGGGCGAAAAU